UGACUACGGUUUACGUGCACGUGACACGGAAGUUACGGCUCCUUUUCCUAGAGCGCCCAAUAACUCCUAGAUGAGGCAGCGCGUGACAGAAACUUGGGACAUCUGAAGCAACAGUAUCAGCUCCCAAAAAAGCAGCGUCUAUGAUCAAGGGCUAAAUCUGAUGACAACGUUGCGAUAAAGCGAAGCAGGGGGGACUUUGUGCUGGCAGGCAGCGGUCUGUUUAAGAUGGCUCUGACAAGGUUUUCAAGAGAUUUGUUCCAUCUUAACAGAGUUCUGCACUGGGUACAGGAUAAGGUCUACUCUGUAAUACACUUUGUAGGUGUAAAUGGUAAAGUGCCCAAGCCAAUGGGGAGUAAUAGCAGUGUCCAGUUCUCUGGAAUUCCUCCUGGGAAAGGAAUGUACCUUGUGGGCUGUACAGACCUCAUGACCGAUCACACUAUUCAGGGAAGCUUUUUCCGUCUGUAUUAUCCUUGCUCAGAUAGUGGAGAAUACGAAGACGCUACAUGGAUUCCAAAACGAAAAUAUUUCUUGGGUCUUGCUGACACCCUCAGACUCAACCGGACCCUGAUUGAUUUUAUAUUCAGUUACUUCUUUGGUUCUGUGAAAUGUCCUGCAAAAUGGAAUGCACCAUUCAAACAAGGCGAAAAAUACCCACUAAUUAUUUUCUCUCAUGGCCUUGGAGCAUUCAGGACCUUGUAUUCUGCUAUUUGCAUUGAGCUGGCUUCACAAGGAUUUGUAGUUGCUGCAGUUGAACACAGAGAUCAGUCUGCAUCAGCAACCUAUUAUUUUAGGGAGAAAUCGCCACCUCACCGUUGUGAUGACGGUAGUGAAGCUUUGGAGGAGGUGUGGCUGUACAACAGGAUUCUAAAACCUGGUGAACAGGAAUUUCCGAUCCGCCGUGAGCAGGUCCAGCAAAGAACCGAUGAAUGUUUAAAGGCUUUAGACAUUCUAUUUGAAAUUAAUGCUGGAAAACAAGUGAAUAACGUAUUAUCUUCCAACUUUGAUUGGAGUUUACUUAAGGACUCUAUCGAUGUCCAGAGGGUAGCGGCUGCUGGUCACUCUUUUGGGGCAGCUUCAGCAAUCAAAGUGCUUGGUAGAGAUUCACGAUUUAGAUGUGGGAUAGCAUUGGACGCAUGGAUGUUUCCUUUAAGAGAUGAAGUCUUCUCAGCUAUCCACCAGCCAGUGUUGUUUGUCAACUCUGAAGCGUUCCAGUGGGUGGAUAACAUAUUGCUUAUGAAAAGAAUGGAUUCCACAUCGGUGGAGAGGAAGAUGAUAACCAUCAUGGGAACUGUGCAUCAAAAUUUUCCAGACUUCACAUUUUUAACUGGUUAUUUAAUUGGGAAACUAUUUAAACUGAAAGGAGCUAUUGAUUCUUAUGUUGGAAUGGACAUAAUCAAUAAUGUAACUUUAGCUUUCUUGCAAAGACAUUUAGGUCUCCAGAAGGAUUUUAACCAGUGGGAUGGUCUCAUAGAAGGAGAAGGUGAACAUGUCAUCCCUGGUACCAACAUUAAUCUACCUCCAACUGAACUGGCUACAUGAGAGAUCUUCUAAGACCGACAUCUGCACACUACCGUCAUGUUGACUUGAACCUACCAAUACCUCAUUAACAUUUAGUAUAACCUGCUGGUCAUAGCAUUGGUUAGAGACUAGGUCCUGAUUACCAGUUUGUUUUUAGACAAAAAGGGAUGGAUGUGUGUGUGUGUGUGUGUGUGUGUGUGUGUAUGUGCUAUGGAGCAUCAAAGAACAAAGUGAACUGUCCAGAAAUGAAGUAUAAAAUCUAAUAUUUAAGUGGUUGCAUGAAAUAGAAAUAUUUGUUUUUAAUGUGUUAUUGCUGGUUGACCAGGGUUUUGAUAGUGUAGCAUUUAUACUGCUCUCACAUUCAGUAAAUGACUACAGUAGCAUAAAACUCACAGAAAAUACCUACUGGCCUCAGCACAAUCACUCUCUAUUCAUAUACAAUAAGCACAACACAUUGUUUUUGCAGUUGUGGACAACAAGUUAUUGUAUAAUUGUGUCUGCACGUUCUCAAUAACAUAAGACGUGUACUGAAAACCUCUAGCAAUAUUAACACUGUACAGCUUCAUCAGAACUCAGUGAUCCGCCACAACGUGAACAAACUGUAAAUUCCCAUUUUGCUGAAUAAUGUAAUAAUAAAAGUGUCUUCUACUUAGAUUAAAUAUACUUUCAUCUUUUGAGUUGGUAAACUUUAUACAGUAACCACAAUUGUUGCAUUUUUAAGUCUCAAAGUAAAAUAAGAGAAUUUAUGUAUAUUGAAACAGAAUUUGUACAGAUUUUCUAUAAAAGGGCUAUGUAGGGAAACACAGCAAUAGACACAAACUGAGGAACCUAGUACUGAGAUUUUAAAGUUCAUGCAAAUGAUCAGCAUAUUCUCCUAUUAAAAAUGUAAAAAUAUGUAUAUAUUUUUUUUAUUUAGUCAUGUUUGAUACAUAAACAAGGAAAAUUAAAUAAAAAUUUGAAGUAACAUUUUUAAAUAAAUAUCACAUCAACUUCAAUUUGAGGUCUUAAAAAUUGGACAUGGAAGAAAACCUUAGUAUUUCAUUAAUAUUUAUCUGUAUUAUACUUCAUAAUUAUGUGUUAAUGUAAGUGCAAUAUCUUAGUUUGGAUGGUUUGUAAUUACAUUUCCAAUACUAAUAAAAUAUUUUCUAUAAA